AUGGGAAAAGGAACGGACAAACUCUAUAUAACGCACUCGGAAUGGGCUUCGAGCGACGCCUACUCAGCGUCAGCCGGCUCCGGUGUUCGCGCAGGUGCUGAUAGCAAAGCCGCACAGGCGGGUUUCAAACGACUUCCAUUCAAUUUCUGCGCUUUGAGCCUUCAACCCUUCGUAACGCCCGUAUGCACCGCGGCUGGGGUAAUAUUCGACCAUGAGAAUAUACUAAGAUGGCUGUUGAAACAUGAGACGAACCCCACAGACGGUACACCGUUGAAACAGGCGGAUUUGAUCAAGCUUGAGUUCGCAAAGAAUGCGCAGGACGAAUACGUUGAUCCAGUCACUUACAAGGUCUUCACUGACAACACGCAUAUUGUCGCGAUCCGGCAUGGCGGCUCGGCCAAUGUUUUUGCCUACGAUACGGUCGAGCGGUUGAAUAUCAAGGCCAAAAUGUGGCGGGACCUUGUAACGGAUGAAGAGUUCUCCCGCAAGGAUCUCAUCACUUUGCAGGAUCCUCAAAACGUGGAGUUGAGGAAUCUGAGUUCGUUCAAGUACCUGAAAGACGGCGAAGACUCGGGUGUACCCAAAGAAGAAGCGUCAAUCAACUCUGCAUCGCUGGGAAGUGCCGCGGAGUUGAAGAUCAUGAAUGCGAAGGAAGCGGUGGCGAAAGCACGUGCAGAGAGGGCAAAUGCACAGCUCUCCAAAGGGGGCGAUUCCAAGUCUUCUACAAAUUUGUCAAAGAACACGAAAUCAUCCAGCAAUCAUACACAGUCCAAACCGACCCCCUACAACGCGACACAACACACGACCGGCCUUGCCGCUGCCAGCUUCACAUCUACUGGUGUAACACCGCACACGUCAGCAGCUCUAGCAUUAAUGUCCGACGAAGAGUAUCUCCUGAAACGAGGCCGAGUCAAGGAAAAGGGCUACGUCCGCUUGACCACAACACUUGGCUCCUUAUACCUGACACUCCUCCCAGAACACGCCCCAAAGGCAGUGUGGAACUUUACUCGGCUAAUCCAAAAAGGAUACUACAAUGGUGUAACCUUCCACCGAAACAUCCGGAACUUCAUGUUGCAAGGUGGCGACCCGACAGGAACCGGGAAGGGUGGACAGAGCAUCUGGGGCCGCAACUUCAGCGACGAGUUCGAAGGACCACUGAAGCACGACGCGCGCGGAACGCUCAGCAUGGCGAACAAAGGAAAGGACACCAACAGCAGCCAGUUCUUCAUCGCAUACCGGCCAGCUCGCCACCUGGACCGGAAACACACAAUCUUCGGCCACGUGGACCUCAAUCCGGAUGACGAAUCAGGCCAGGAAUCUACACGUACGCUGAAAGCCUUGGAAGAUUCCCCCGUCGACAGCGGUGAUCGGCCGAAAGAGGAGAUUCAGAUCCUCGAAGCCAGGGUCUUCAUCGACCCAUUCGAGGAGUUUUGGAAGAACAAGAAGGACUCGGAUGAGAAAGAGCGUAAGAUCGAGGAAACGAGGAAACUAGAUCGCACAACGUGGACGGGGAAACGUAUUCGAGAUGGUGCCGCCAGUAAUGACUCUGAUGGCGACGGCGGUGGUGGCGUGGGCAGAUAUCUGAAAGCCUCGCUUGCCAAUACCCAGUCACAAGCCCAUGCUGGAAAUGGGGAUGACGAUGAGAUCUUGGAGUUUGUCGAUGACGAGCCUGAAGAGCCCGUUCGGAAGAAAACGAAAGGAAGAGGAGGUGGUGGGUUUGGAGAUUUCUCCGGCUGGUGA